AUGGCCGCACAGACUACCGACCCCGAGAAAGACCUCAAGCAUCUCCUUCCAGAUAAAAGACUCGUCCCUGGUGCGCCCUCGAGUGAACAUAGGUUAAUCAGCAAGCCUGCCGCGGAUGCAAACAAGAUCAUCGGGCAGGUCAAGCAGCUGGUCUACGGGAAUCUGUAUUUUGUGCAAGACAUCGAGCUGGUGUCGGUGGAAUGGGUCAAGCAGUUCUCGAUCGAGAACGAGUCCGACGCCACGAGAACGAAGACGGACCGUACCGAGACUGGAGUGCGGAUUCAGACAGGCAAGGAGGACGCCGAGAGCAUCUCCGCCACCGCGGGGUAUUCCGGCUUCGGCUUCGAGGUCAGCAUCGAAGGCUCCUACGAGCACAAGACCUUCAGCUCGGUGGAGACCUCGGAGAUCACCACGACCGAGGACACCUGGACUGUGCCUCCCCAGACCACGCUGUACGUCUACAAGAAGGUGUACAAUCUCCGAGGGACGAUCUGGGUGGCGGGCAUUACCGACGAGAUAAAGGUGUUCGCAAGUAAGGAUGGGCGUACGCGGUGCGAGGGAAGCUACGAGAUCAGCAUCACCUCGACGGACGAACUGGACACGUAUAGCGAGCUCGAGGGAGAAGGGACGCUCGAGGUGACCCGGCCUGAUGACUUCCUCGCCCAGCCUGCCGACUGGCUUCCUGCGAGUGUAGUCGAAAUGGUUCUUGAAACAGUUUUAAAACGUUCCUUUCCUUGGUUGGCCUGA